AACGAGAAAGAAAUCUGUUCCAGCGGCAGUAGGUAGAAUCAGGAUUACUAAGAGGUUAAAGAAAGGCCAAGAAGACAGAUUAGGGUAACAAGGGAGAAAGCUUAAGGACGCAAAGUAAAAGAAAAGCAGAGCAUUUAAAAGUGUGUAGAAUUUUAAGAAAUGCUAUCUAAGUUUAUCUUAGCUGUAUAUUUGGCGCUGUGGCUCAGUUCUUGUGCUGCCAGCUUAGCUGAGGAUCCAUACAUGACCAGAGCUCUGCAGCUGAUGUCUGAGACCCCGCUCAUUGAUGGCCAUAAUGACCUGCCUUGGCAACUUCGAAAGCAAUUCAACAAUGAGCUCAAUAAAGUGGAUCUUAAUACGCUUGAAACCACACACACCAACAUCCCUAAGAUCAAGGACGGACGCCUGGGAGCACAGUUCUGGUCAGCCUAUGUUCCCUGUGAAACUCAGUACAAAGAUGCUGUCCGCCAAACACUGGAGCAGAUAGAUGUGGUUCACAGGAUGUGUCAGAAAUACCCAGAAACCUUCAUGUUUGCCACCAGUAGCCAAGACAUCAUGGAGGCCUUCGCAAUGAACAAGACAGCCAGUCUGAUCGGGGUCGAAGGGGGUCACUCACUCGACAGCAGUCUGGGCACACUGCGCACCAUGUACCAUUUGGGGGUCCGCUACCUCACACUCACACACUCCUGCAACACACCCUGGGCGGAUAACUGGCUUGUUGACACUGGAUCAGAGCCAUCUCAACAUAAUGGCCUGUCUCUAUUUGGCAAGCAACUAAUUGUGGAAAUGAAUCGUCUGGGGAUGCUGAUCGACUUGGCUCAUGUGACUGUUAAAGUGAUGAACCAGGUGCUGGACAUGUCUAAAGCUCCAGUCAUCUUCAGCCACUCCUCUGCCUACAGCGUCUGUCCACACAAGAGGAACGUCCCCGAUGAUGUUCUCAAGAGAGUGAAUCAAACGAGAGGAAUUGUCAUGGUGAACUUCUACAAUGACUAUGUGACCUGCAGCAAGACCGCUAAGCUCUCAGAUGUUGCUGAUCACUUUGACCAUAUAAAGAAAGUGGCCGGGGCGGGCAUUAUUGGUUUUGGUGGAGAUUACGACGGUGUGACAAGACUACCAGAGGGUCUGGAGGAUGUGUCCAAGGUGCCCAAAGUGGUGGCUGAACUGCUGAGGAGAGGAUGGACUGAUGAGGAGGUCAAAGCUGCUCUGGGAAACAACUUGCUCCGUGUCCUAAGAGAGGCUGAGACGGUCCGUGACAGCCUGAAUGGCAAAAAUCCAGAUGAUGUUCCUAUUCCAUCUGAUGAGGUGAAGAACACAUGUAGGACGAGCUACGGUUACCGCAAUGCUGGACCCGCACAUUCACUCAGCACACUGGCCCUUCUGCUCACACUGGCUCUACAGGCUCUUAUUGCAUUAACGCCUUCAUAGGCCGCUUGCCAAUGCAUCUGAGUGUAUGUGC